AUGGUACAAGCAAAGAAGUUCAGAGGAGUCAGGCAACGCCAGUGGGGCUCCUGGGUGUCAGAAAUUCGCCACCCUUUACUGAAGAGAAGGGUGUGGCUAGGGACGUUUGAGACAGCUGAGGCUGCAGCAAGGGCUUAUGACCAAGCAGCCAUUUUGAUGAAUGGUCAGAAUGCCAAGACCAACUUCCCCACCUCGAAGAACCAAGCUGAAGCUGAUGCCACCAGCACCACCCCUUGUGUUGGUGUUGGGGGUGGUGGUGCUGGUGGUGCUCAUGACAACACUUUCUUAUCUCCCAAAGCUCUUUCAGAACUCCUCAGCACCAAGCUGAGAAAGUACUGCAAAGACCCUGCUCCUUCCCUCACUUGUCUGAGGCUAGAUGCUGACAAUUCCCACAUUGGAGUGUGGCAGAAAGGUGCAGGACCACAUUCUGGCUCCAACUGGGUCAUGAGGGUGGAGCUUGGGAAGAAACAGACCGAGGGUGAAUCAACACUGUCGCCACACAGUAGUACUAAUGACACUGCUGGGAUCAAUGAAGUAGAAGAAGAAGAAGAGGAGGAGGAUAGAGUUGCUUUGCAGAUGAUCGAAGAGCUACUCAAUUGGAACUAG